AUGACAGAUUCAAUUAAGCGUUUAGAUAUCUUAACUUCUCAAUCAAUUCAAAACAAGGAAAGAGAAUUAUUAGCAAAGGAGUUGGAACAUGAAAAGGAAAUUGAACAAAGAUUAGAGGAAGAGAGAAAAGAAGCAGCCUUAAAGAAGAAAGAUGAAGAAAAAGCAAAAUUAGAAUCAAUUGCAAAAGAUACAAAUAUUACGUCAACUGUCUCAACUCAAACAUUUAGUAAUAAUUUAUUUGAUGUGAAUGAUGCAACAAAAUCAUUAGAAUUAUCCGCACUUGAACCGAAAACCAUUGAAGUAAACCCAACUUCCAACUCAAUAAUGGAUAUUGCAAAUAUUUUAAAUAGAACAGUAACUCAAUCAAUCGUUGGUUCUGAUCUAUUACCAGAAAAUUCUAAAACCUUGGAAUCAUUUGACUUACCUAAAGAAACUGAAUCCGGUUCACCCAAUAUUGAAUGUUCAAAUUCAAUCAAUAUUGAAGUCACUAAUUCAUUAGACUCACCAGAAUCAACUGCAACCGGUGUUAAGAUUGGCUUUGGGGAAAUCACUGAAAUCAAUCAACCAAAGGCUGUUGUUCAACAAGCAACAAUUAACGUUCGUAAAAAUAAUGGUGGAAACCUUUCACAAUUAGCCACUGGAAAAAAAAAUGCUUAUGCUGCUUUGCAACCACUUUAUUAUGAUUAUAUUUUUGAUGGUAGGAGAAAAGAAAGAUCUAAUUCAGAAAAUAGUAACCUUUCAGCUUCAUCUCAAGAAGUUCAAGAACACAAAUUCAUUUAUUAUGAUCAAUUAUUCUUGAAAAAGUUAGAGCCAAAAGAUUAA